AUGCACCUUGUGGGUACCAUUCGAGGGAGUAAUAGACCAAACAUGGAUUUUAUGCAAUUGCUGGACACCGCCAAUAAGAAUGCAAAAAGUUUGUCGAAGAAACUUGAUGUCUUGAAAAGUGAAGUUGACAGCGAAAAGCGCGCCGAGUUGAAACGAAUUGAAGCCGAGAAGAGAGUGAAAUUGGAAUCCUUAAAACGGAAAAAGGAGACAACGUCGACGGAAGCGGAAACAAAGUUUACAAUUCCAAAAAAGAAGAAAGACUCGUCUGAUGAGGACAAAGCAAGAAUUUUGGCCUUCCUCGCUAAGAAGUCUGAGGAAGAAAGGCAAGCUUUGAAGAAAAAGCAGGCUGAGAAAGAUAGACUGGCUCAGUUGCGUCUUCAGGCGCACGGUGGAAAGGUACGAUUUUUGUUCCAUACUCGGAGUGUUUUAUUCUGCAAGGAACAGGACGAUUCCAAAUCCGAACACUCUUAUCAGAUGAAACGCAGACAAAAGUCAGAUUUUUUUUCCUCUUGA